CGCAGGAUUUCGCGUACGCCCAGUCCAACCCCGAGCGAGGCUGCAGAGCUCGCCCGCGACAGUCUCCUCGACUGGAAGACGCUCUUGAGCUGGAGAUUCUGGAUUCGGAGGGAGUGGCUUUGGUACUACAUCGGUCUGACCAUCAUCGGCGUUCUCACCGCCCUCAUCACCAUCUAUCAUAAACAAAUCGUACACUGGCUCACACCCAAGACCACCUGGAUGCACGACUUGCCCGCCGGAUGGACAAUCCCUAUCGCCAUCCUCUUCGUCAUUUCCUUCCCACCCCUCUUCGGCCACGAAAUCGUCGCCAUCCUCUGCGGCGUCGUUUGGGGCCUCUGGAUCGGCUUCGCCAUCGUCGCAGCCGGUACCUUCAUCGGCGAAGUGGGUAACUUCUACGCAUUCAAGUACUGCUGCCGCGCGCGCGGCGACAAGCUUGAGAAGACGAACAUACAGUACGCGUGUCUCGCGCGUGUCGUGCGUGACGGUGGCUUCAAGAUCGCGCUUAUUGCGCGGCUGAGCGCCAUCCCCGGACACUUCACGACCGCGAUCUUCUCCACGUGUGGCAUGGGCAUCAUCACGUUCUCAUUCGCCGCUAUACUCUCCCUGCCCAAGCAGUUCGUCACCGUGUACCUCGGUGUGCUGCUUGAGGGCGCUGGCACUGAGACAACAGAGCAGAAGAUCAUCAGCGACGUCGUGCUUGCGCUCACGUUUAUCCUCACCAUCGUCGCUAUGUGGUAUAUCUACCGAAAGAUGGGCCAGGUCCGGCAUGUGGUCAUUCAUGACCGGCGCAAGGCCCGGCAGAACAAGCUCGAAAUCUACGGCAACUCGGCCUUUGCGUCCUCCUCCGGCACGACCUUCAACCCGCGCGGCUCGGAGUCCGACAUCCCGCUGCACGCGCCCUCCGCGCGCACCUUUUCCGCAGACCCCGAGUCCCAGGUGCAGCACCAGCAGUGGGACGCGCACGGACACGCCGUGGGAUACUCGGGCGACCCG